AUGUCAGACAACAACGGAUACACAUGGCGCGACCAUUCGCGCUUGUUCCUUGCAUGCGGUGUUGUUAUCUUGAGUCCGUUUCAGUAUGGGUUUGAUUUUGGUAUGAUUGGAGGACUGCAGGCUAUGGUGGGGUUUUUGAAGAUCUUUGGCUAUCAAACCGACAAGUCACCCUUAGGAUGGAACCUCACUACCGAGCGACAGCAGCUCAUCUCCUCGCUCAUGACGCUGGGCGCUUUCAUCAGCUCCGCGACUGCUGGUUUACCAUCCACCCGGUUCGGGCGGCGCAUGUGUCUGGUCGCGGCAUGUGUGACAUGCUUCGUGGCCAACAUCAUGAUGAUGGCAACAGAGAAUAUCGGAGCGCUCUACGCCGGCCGCCUGAUUAUCGGUUUUGCGAACGGCUACUUCAUGACCUUCUCGCAACUCUACCUGCAGGAGAGUAGUACGGCAGAGCUUCGUGGCAUCUUCCUCACAGGCUUCAACUUUUUCGUUUCCUUCGGAACUUUGAUUGGCACGAUUGUCGAUUGGGCCACUGCGAAACGACCAGACAAGUCUGCCUACCUCAUCCCACUGGGACUCAUCUACGUGUUUCCUCUCAUCAUCAUCUGCACGAUAUGGUUCAUACCCGAGAGUCCCCGCUGGCUCAUCCUCCAAGGCCGUUUCGAAGAAGGCGUAAAAGCACUAGAAUGGCUCCGUCCCGCCCGUCACGACUCCCGCGCCGAAGCCACCGCUAUCCUCGCAGCCAUCGAGAAGGAAAAAGAAUCCAGCUCCGGCAUAGGCUGGCUAGACAUGUUCAGCAACCCCGUCGAUCGACGCCGUACUUUCCUCGCCGUCUUCGCUGUCCUACUCCAAGCAGCUUCAGGAUCCAUGUUCAUCAUCGCAUACAAAGCCUACUUCCUCUCCAUGGCCAAAGUAACCGACCCCUUCGCCAUGUCCAACGUCCUCUCCGCCAUAAGCAUAAUCGCCUUCAUCGCAAACUCCUUCAUAGUAGUCCGCUACGGCAACCGCCGCGUCCUCCUCAUGACCGGCCUCCUCGUCUGCGGCAUCCUCCAACUCAUCAUCGCAACCGUAUACCACCAAGCCCCCAACGCAAAGUCGACAGGAAAAGUCACCGUCGGUCUCACUGCUAUCUACAUGUUCUCUUACAACGGCAUGAUAUCCACAUACGCCUGGCUCUCCGGCGGCGAACUCCCCACGCAGAGACUACGCAGCCAUACAUUUGGCCUUGCGGCCAGUGCGGGGUUUGUAGGCGCGUGGCUGACGACGUUUACGGCGCCGUAUUUUAUUAAUCCGCAGAGUAUGAAUUGGGGACCGCGGUACGGGUUUAUCUGGGCGCCGAGCUGUGCGGUUGCGGCGACGUGGGUGUUCUUCUUUUUGCCGGAGGUUAAGAAUAGGACGUUGGAGGAGAUUGAUGAGAUGUUUGAGGCUGGGCUGUCGGCGAGGCAGUUUGGGAGUUACAAGUGUGUGGGGGCGGCGAGGGGGGAUGAUGAGGGGAAGGUGGGGAGGAGUAGUGUGGAGAAGGAGAAGGAGGUUACGGUGCUGGCGAGUGAGAAGGUGGCGGCUGAGACGAGUGUGUCGAGGGAUUAG